CGGUUUGGACCCGCAAACUGCGCGGAAUGGCGUUUGUGUGGACACCGUGACAGGGACGUCAAACUCCUGCAUCAAACAAAUGUGUUUUUUUUAUUGUGUUCGCCCGACGUGGAGCUUCCUGCUGUCUCACUGAUCCCGACGGUGUCCCAUCACACAUUUUGUGCGAGAAGAAUAUGGAAACACCGGAGAGCAAAUGUCUACUUUCGCUGCUCCUGUUAGUCAUCUGUCAACUAGUGGAUGUGGCUCAACCCUAUGGAUUCAGAUCACAAAAGAAGCUUGCAGAAAACAUAGACUGGUCCUAUGCAGGAACAUUAAACCAAAACAAAUGGCACAAGAAAUACCCAUCAUGCAAUAAUGCCAAGCAGUCACCAAUAAACAUAGAGGAGAGCCUGGUGCAGGUCAAAGCUCAGUUUCAGAAGUUGAGGCUCGAAGGCUGGGACCAGCAGACCUCAGAGUCCACAACAGUAAAAAAUGAUGGCAAGACAGUGACAAUAGAUGUGGGUGGUGAAUUCAGUGUAAGUGGAGGGGGUUUGAGGUCCACGUUUAGGGUGGGCCGCAUUACUUUUCACUGGGGCCGCUGCAAUGCCUCUUCUGAUGGCUCUGAGCAUGGCCUUAAUGGAGUCAAAUUCCCCUUGGAGAUGCAGAUAUAUUGUUAUGAAGCCAAUAAUCAUCAGACUAUAGAUGAUGCCCUGCGGUCUGGAGGACAGAUUACUGCUCUUGCUGUAUUGUUUGAGGCAAGUGUUGAAGACAACGAAAACUACGAAGCCAUCAUUGAUGCAGUCAACAGUGUAAGAAGAUAUGGAAAGAGUAGCAGUGUAUCUCCGUUCGUUCUACAAGGCCUCCUGCCGAACUCCACGGAGAAGUACUUCAUCUAUAAUGGCUCACUCACGUCUCCCCCUUGCCAUGAGAAUGUGGAGUGGAUUAUUUUUAAAAACACAGUGUUCAUCUCUGAACCACAGUUGGAGAUGUUUUGUGAGGUGAUGACCAUGCAGCAGUCCGGUUAUGUGAUGUUGAUGGACUACUUGCAGAAUAAUUACAGAGAGCAGCAGCCUCAAUUCAUGGGCCAGGUCUAUUCUUCAUACACCGGCACUGAAGAGAUCCUCACACCCAUUUGUAGCUCAGAGCCAGAGAAUGUGCAGGGAUAUCCACAUAACUACACGGGUCUGCUAGUGAUGUGGGAGAGGCCGCGGGCUGUGUAUGACGCAAACAUUGAGAAAUACUCUGUCACCUAUCGUCAGGCACAAGGAGACGAUCCACCUACAUUUGAGUACCUCACUGACGGAGACCAGGAUGUGGGGGCCAUCAUCCAGGACCUGGAAACCAACACCAGCUAUGUAGUGCAGGUGGUGGCGGUGUGUACUAAUGGUCUGUAUGGACGUCAGAGUGAUGAGCUGAUAGUGGACAUACCUGUGAUUGACCCUGAAACAGACCCUGACCCCUUUGAACCUGAUGGAGAGGAUGACUAUCCUAGCACUCCCUUGUGGGUCCAGCCUGACUCAAACCAGGCACCCUAUCCAGUGCAAACCACUACAUCCAGUCCCAGGUUUACUGCAACUGAGCGCCAUGUCUCUCCAUCAUUUGGCCCCAAAACAACACCAAAGUCUUCUGAAAAUUAUUAUCAGGAUGUUUCUGUAACUUCUAAACCCACACCACUACAACCCACUACAUUGUUGACUACUGUCAGCACUACUAAAACAAAACAGCCUGUUCCUCCAGUUUUUGAUGUUAAAACCACCCCAAAAUCUACUGAAUAUCCUUACCAAGGCAUUCCAGAUAAACAAACUACCAUAUAUAGUCCUAUUAGUACAUUUAAAAGUACAACAGAGCAGCCUGUUCCUCCAGUUUUUGAUAUUAAAACAACUGCAGCAAGUACUGAAAACCAUUACCAAGACAUUCUAGAAAAACAGCCUGCCCAACUGACUACCAUGAGCCCUGCAGCAAAUUUGACCACAGAAUUACUCGUUUCUGAGUCAGAUUAUAGCAGCAUAGCACCAAGUGUGGUCUCAGAAGUUCUUACUGACAGUUCAGUGGCUCAUAGAGUAAAAAUAAGUCCACAUGAUGCAGCAGCCACGUCAACCUCAGUGGCAGAGGAGGGGAAGUUCACUGAUUCAAUUGGCUAUGGGGAAAUCACUAUUUCUUCUACAGAUCCAGCCUCCUCCUUCCCUCAAACAGAGGUCCAAGUGCAGAGUACAACUCCCACUGUGCCUCUCCCCACAACCACCACUGCUUCUGGUGGUGUUCUUUCACCAGAGUUCAAUGGUGAGAACUCUCCCACUACGACCCCUGUGUGUGACUCCCAGCUCUGCCUGCAUGCUAUUCCUGUGUCCAUCCCCUCUAGCUCUUUGUUGUCUGAGUCUGUAUCUACCCCAGCCUGGGACAUUAUGUAUGCUACACAGUCUGUCCCCCACUCGCUCUCCUACCCUGCACUGUCCAGCUCUCCCUCCAGCUCUGUGUCUUAUUGGAAUGUGGACUCUGUAUUUAGUGGUGAUGAUGGUGAUGAUGGUGACAUGUUGUCUGGGUCGGCCUCAGGUGCCACCUUAUAUAACAGUACUAUCCCCCUUCAAACAUUACCCAACUCAACUGACUCUGAACUUUCUGUGUGGUUCAACAAAGAGCAGAAUAUUUCUCACAUCUCCAAGAUCUUUAGCACUGUGUCUCCAUCUCUGCAGUCAUCAGGUGCCUUAUCUAGUGACUACUCUUCUUACUUCACCUCCUCUCUCUUACACAAUCUGGUGGAGUUUUCAGAUUUUUCUGUGGUACCUCUUAAUGUUGGUCAAAGUAGUGAUGAUGUUUCUCGCAUCUCGCCGCAUGUUUCAAGUUCUGCAAAAUCAUUGUUUUUAUACCUAAUGCCCUCCUCAUCAAUAAGUGACAUGUCUAGUGUAAUAGAGGGCCAUCCAUCUUUCUCCACUGUUGGAACUAAUGGAUACAGUUCAACACACUUGGACCUAUCUUUUCCCACAGAGCCUACAUGCCACCUGCAAUUCUCUGUUACAGCCAACAUGAACAGUAUCACAAGAAGUGAAAGUUCACAGGUUCUUGGAUCCUAUGUUUCACUGGCGCCCACUAAAGUGUUGCCAACCUCGGUCCCAGAGGCUACAUCAAUACUCACACAAUCAGCUGAUGGGUUUCUGGAUAGCAGUGCCUCAGGCUGGGUGGUGGAUCAAGAUUGGUCUCAGAGCUCAGCUUCAGGAGAUGGGAGUCCCGCUCCUUCCUUACCCAGUGUCUUCUCCACUGAAGGACAAGUUGAGGAGGUGGAGCUGGAGGAACACUCUUCAUCUUUCUAUUUCGAGAGUGAGAAUUUGUCAGAGAGAGAGGCUACCAUAUUUAAUGUUUCCCUUCACCCCAGCCCUACCCUGGCACUGGGGGGUGUGGAGGAAGAAAACAGCGGAUCUGGAGAGAACCUUACAGAUAAUGAGACAUCCUCUGAUUUCAGUAUCCCAGAGCAUGCUAACAGAGAUUCAAAGGACGAACCAGUGGAAGAUGCCAGUAACAGUAGUCAUGAGUCUAGGGUGGGUCUGGUGUCCAGUGUGGAGCAUCGAAAGAAGGCUGUGGUUCCUCUGGCUGUGAUCUCGACCCUCACUUGCCUCUGCCUUAUCAUGCUAAUUGGCAUUCUCAUCUAUUGGAGGAUGUGCUUUCAGACUGCUCAUUUCUACAUAGACGACAACACAUCCCCUAGAGUCAUAUCCUCCUCUUCUCCUAUGCUAAGUCACACAGAUGAGCAUGAACCUCUUUCAUCGGAACAAUUUGUCCAACAUGUUACAGAACUUCAUGACACCAAGUCCUUCUACAGAGAGUUUGAGAUUUUGAAAGAAUAUUUUGAGGAGAUUCAGUCAUGCACUGUGGAUCUAGAAACUACAACGGACAGCUCCAUUCACCCUGAUAACAAGAGCAAGAACCGAUAUGUCAACAUUUUAGCCUAUGACCACAGUAGAGUCAGACUCUUAACCCACACUGAUAAAGAUGGAACGAGUGAAGGGGACUAUAUCAAUGCCAACUAUGUGGAUGGUUUUAAUAAACCGAGGGCUUACAUAGCAGCUCAGGGCCCCCUGAAGUCGAGCACUGUGGACUUCUGGAGGAUGGUGUGGGAGCAGAAUGUUGGCAUAAUCGUCAUGAUCACAAAUCUGGUGGAGAAAGGCAGAAGAAAAUGUGACCAGUACUGGCCAUUGGAAAGUCAAGAAGAAUAUGGCCACUUCCUUGUGACUGUUAAGAGCACCAAGAUCAUGGCUUAUUACACCCAAAGAACCUUUACCAUACGAAACACACAUGUAAAGAAGGCUUCUCAGAAAGCUCGUGCUAAUGAAAAGACAGUAGUGCAGUACCACUACACUCAGUGGCCAGAUACUGGUGUGCCUGAGAGUGUUUUGCCUGUACUCUCAUUUGUCCGCAAAUCCUCUAGAGCCUGGACACAGGACAUGGGGCCCAUUGUGAUACACUGCAGUGCUGGUGUGGGGAGAACAGGCUCAUACAUUGUCCUGGACAGUAUGCUGAAGCAGAUAGAAGAGCAGGGUCAGGUGAACAUCAUAGGCUUUCUCAAACACAUCCGUACUCAGAGGAACUACCUGGUGCAAACUGAGGAGCAGUACAUCUUCAUCCAUGAUGCACUGGUGGAAGCAAUCCUAAGUGGAGAGACAGAUGUGCCCGCUAGCCGUAUUCAUAGUUAUGUUAACGACCUGCUCACUACAGGACCUUCAUGCACAAUGUGCCUGGAAAAGCAGUUUAAGCUGGUGAGUCAGGCAAAUACCAAGCAAGGUGAUUUCACUGCUGCUUUAAAAGACUGCAACAAAGAUAAGAACAGAACCUGCUCGUUGAUACCUAUGGAUAGAUACAGAGUAUGUUUGUCUGCAACAUCAGAAGAGACCUCAGACUACAUCAAUGCUUCUUAUAUUAUGGGAUAUCAGAACAGCAAUGAGUACAUCAUUACUCAGAGUCCUCUGCCGAACACUGUGAAAGAUUUCUGGAGGAUGAUUUGGGACCACAAUGCCCAGAUCAUUGUCUCACUGCCUGAUAGCACCAGCUUGACAGAGGAAACAGAGCCCAUGGUGUUCUGGCCUAGAAAAGACCAGCCUGUUAGAUGCAAAAUGUUCACUGUGUCCUUAAGAGGGGAGGAGCAUGUGUGUCUGUCUAAUGAGGAGAAGCUGAUUGUACAGGAUUAUAUCCUAGAAGAUUCCCAGGAUGACUACGUACUGGAAGUGAGGCAUUACCGUGCUCCUCGUUGGCCAAACCCAGACAGUCCAAUCAGCAAGACUUUUGAGCUUAUCAGCGUAAUUCGAGGGGAGCAGGCCACUAAAGAAGGCCCCAUGGUUGUACAUGAUGAUUGUGGUGGUGUGACAGCUGGGACUUUCUGCACCCUCUACACCCUGCUCCAACAUUUAGAGGCUGAAGGCUCUGUGGAUGUUUACCUGGUGGCUAAGAUGAUUAACCUGAUGAGGCCUGGGAUCUUCACUGACAUUGAGCAGUAUCAGUUCCUCUACAAAGCCAUUUUGAGUCUGGUCGGUACCCAAGAAGAUGAAAAAGCCUUCCAGUCCUCCAGAAACACCACCACAUUCCCAGGAGGCACUGCAAGUGCUACAGACAGUCUGGAGUCCCUGGUGUAACCAUAGCAAUGAGUGUAUAUGCAGCUCUCAGCUCUCCAUGCUGCUUUUUAUUUUUUUAUUUAUUUUUUUUUUUUUACCUGAUCACAUCCCACAUGCACAUGAGCUCACCAAACACAGUGCCAUGCUGGAACUUGAUAUGUGCCUUUGUGUGGUAAUUACAAAUCAGAAUCAGUUUAAUGUUAGACUUACAUAGUCUAUGGCUCAUCUUUAUACUAACAGCUUUCUAAUUUGUCAAAGGAGUUUCAUAUUUAUUGGCAAUACAGCUUCAUGCAAGGGCAGCGUCACUUGUUAAUAAGGCUUAUUUUUAGACCAUAGAUUGUAGCAAACUAGAGCCACAUAGUUUUUUUUUUGUUUUUUUUACAUAAUGUAAAUACAAAGACGGUGGCUUUUUCAGUCACACUUCUCAAAAAAAAUGAAAUAAUGUUUUAAUUUGUAAAUAUUAUAGCAACCAAGUCAAUGGACCAAAUUUCUAUUUAUAUGGCUAGAUUUUUAUAUUUUACUACUGUUAAGGCUGUAGUGCUUUACACCUUAUGUAUGAACACAAAUAAUGUAGAGAAACGGUUAUGUUCUAAUACGAUUUCUGAAGUCUCAGUGUUACACUCUCACUGAUUUAACGUGAACAAUACUCACACUCUAGUUUCUGCUAUAUGUAGAAGUAAACAAAAAUAAAAUGAAAGUUUUGUUUUAAA